AUUGACCACUGGAAAUAGACCAAAACAGGAACCGAAGAGAAGAAUAUUCUAUAGGCAUAGAAGAUUCUAGGCUAGGUCAAAAAAUGAGUAAACACAUGUAUUCAACAGCGAAUCUGUCCGAUAAGGAACUUAAAGAGCAAGGAAAUCGACUUUUCAAUCUAAGAAAGUAUGAAGAAGCUGUUAACUGUUACACGAAAGCGAUAAUAAAAAAUCCGAGUGUUGCCCAUUAUUUCACCAACAGAGCUCUUUGUUAUCUUAAAUUAUUAGAAUGGGAUCAAGCCUGCAUGGAUUGCCGAAGGGCGCUGGACAUGGACUCGAAUUUGGUAAAAGCUCACUUUUUCCUUGGACAAGCAUUACUAGAAACUGAUAAUUAUGAUGAAGCAAUUAAACAUUUACAACGAGCAAAUGACUUAGCUAGAGAACAAAAAUUAAACUUUGGUGAUGAUAUUGCUUCUCAGUUAAGAGCAGCUAGAAAGAAAAGAUUUUCGUUACAAGAGGAAAAGCGCAUAGCACAAGAAAUAGAACUACAGUCAUAUUUAAAUAAAUUAAUAGAAAAAGAUAGAGAAUCAAGGAUUCAAGAAAUAAAAGCAGAAGAGGGAGACAAUGAAAGUGCCAGAGAAAAGAUUGAACAUAUUCAAAUAUCAUGUGAUAAUUAUAUAAAUGAUCUUAACCAUUUAUUUAUUAAAGUUGACGAUAGAAGGAGGAAAAGAGAAGUUCCGGAUUAUCUCUGUGGUAAAAUAAGUUUUGAAAUACUUCAAGAACCUGUUAUAACCCCAAGCGGUAUUACUUAUGAUAAGAAAGAUUUAGAGGAACACCUACAAAGGGUGGGUCACUUUGACCCUGUCACUAGAGUUAAAUUGACUCAAGAUCAAUUAAUACCCAAUUUUGCUAUGAAAGAAGUUGUGGAUGCUUUUUUAACUGAUAACGAAUGGGCACUGGACUAUUAACAGUUUUUUUGUAUGUAAGGGUUUAGGCUCAUAGUAGUUCAGAAAUAUUAUUGAUAAAAUACACUCACCGGCAAAAAAAUUUUGCCACUCAAAAUUUUUGAUUAAGUUUGACAAUUUAUAACUUUAUUAUUUGUACCCCGAUUUUCAAGAUUCUUGCAUCAGUUCGUAGGCACAUGUAUUGAUGUCGUUCAUUAUUAUUCUGGUGACAAAAAUUUCUUACUAAGAUGGCAUUAUACGUGGGUGAAUGUAACCGUUGUAUUUUCAUUCAUUCUCUUUGCCUUAUCCCUAUGCGGGGUCGGCUUCCCUAAUUGCAUUUCUCCACACAAUUCUAUCUUGGGUCAUAUCAAUGUUAAUCCCCUUUACCAACAUGUCCUGCCUUAUCGUCUCCCCCCAGCUCUUCUUUGGUCUUCCUCUCCUACUCCUUCCAGGAAUCUGCACUUCAGCUAUUCUUCGUAUUGGGUGAUUAACGUCUCGACGUUGAACAUGACCAACCCAUCUUAACCUAUGCUCUCUCAUUUUGGCAUCAAUUGGGACCGUGCAAGUUCGGCAAAGCGACCUCUAUUUCUACGCUCUGUACUUUUAUUCGCACUUUUAAUUAUAUUGGCCAAUUAUAUUAGUCCUGGUUGCUGGAUAAUUGUCAAGACCAUAGUCCAAAAAAAUAAUAAGAAGAAAAAAAUAAGAUGCAGGUUAUGUUUAGCAAACGUAAACAAUUGUAUGUAGUAAAUAAAAUCCGUUAUUAAAAUGCAGUAUUGCAAGCAAAAUACAAUUAAUUAAAUUUACCUUUAUAUAAUAAUUGCAUAUCAUAUCAAUAUUGUGGAGCAAUAUAUAAUUUUUCUAAGUCAAUGACAGAAGGUAUGAAAUAUACGUCAAUUUGACAAUUUCAAUUGACAAUAUGAAUUAUUUAAGAUAGUUGCAAUAUUUCUCCGCGACUCGCGCACGGUCGUUUCUCGUUUCCCUUUCCAAGUACUUGCACACCGCGAAUUGGUGCCACACCUAGACUUCCCCUAAUAUACUCAUUUCUAAUUUUAUCUUUCUUUGUCACUCCACUCAUCCAUCUAAGCAUUCUCAUUUCCGCCACAUGCAUUCGUUGUUCCUCUUUCUUUUUCACUGCCCAAUAUUCAGUUCCGUACAUCAUAGCCGGUCUUAUGGCUGUUUUAUAGAAUUUUCCCUUGAGCUUCAUUGGAAUUUUUCUGUCACACAACACACCACUCGCUUCUUUCCACUUCAUCCAUCCAGCCCUAAUUCAACUGCAUGCAUCUCCAUCUAUUUCUCCAUUACUCUGUAAUACCGAUCCUAGGUACUUAAAACUAUUGCUUUUCACAAUCAUUUCACCUUCCAAAGAUACCAUUUUAUUUGUAGUAGCUCCAUCUUUAAAUGAACAUUCCAAAUAAUCUGUUUUUGUCCUACUAAGUUUUAAACCUUUUUCCUCCAGAGCUUGUCUCCACUGUUCCAGUUUUUGUUCCAAGUCUCGUUCACUAUUUCCUACUAACACGACAUCAUCAGCAUACAUUAAGCACCAUGGAAUGUUACCCUGUAGUUUCGUUGUUAUCUGGUCCAAAACUAAUGAGAAUAAAUACGAACUAAGCACAGAGCCUUGGUGCAAUCCUACUUUCACAUGAAAUUUAUCAGUCUCUCCCACACCUGUCCUAACACUAGUCGUUACUCCCUCAUACAUAUCCCUCACAAUCUUUACAUAUUCACCAGGGAUUCCUUUCUUAUUGAGUGUCCACCACAGAAUCUCUCGAGGAACUCUAUCAUAUGCUUUCUCAAGAUCAAUGAAUACCAUAUGAGCGUUUGUUUCUUUACUCCUGUAUUUUUCCAUCAACUGCCUUAUAAUGAAAAUUGCAUCUGUUGUUGAUCUACCCUGCAUAAAGCCAAAUUGAUUCUCGGAUAUUUCGGUCUCUUCACGUAUCCGUCUAUCAAUUACUCUUUCCCAUAUUUUCAUGGUGUGGCUAAGCAGUUUUAUAGCCCUGUAGUUUGUACAUUGUUGUAUAUCUCUCUUGUUUUUGUAAACAGGUACCAGUAUACUGCUUCUCCAUUCGUCUGGCAUUUGUCCAACUUCCAUAAUUCUAUUAAAUAGACCUGCUAGCCACCUUGUUCCUGUCUCUCCCAUUUAAUUAAAAAUAUCAAACGCCCUAAAAUUAAAAACACAAAACAAAAUUAACAAUAAAACAAUUCAAUAGCGGGUACCUCUCGCAGCAGCAACUGCUCGCAAUCUGUUUGGCAUCGAAAAAUAUGUGUCAUGCUUGCCUGGGGAAUAGCCUGAUAUUCCUCUACCAAAGUCAUAACUGUACCAAAUUUUCUGGAGGUCUAGGAUGACGGCAAUUAACUAUUUUUAAUUCAUUCCAUAAAUUCUCAAUAGAAUUGAGAUCUGGGCUCAUGCGGGCCAUUCUAAUCUUAUCAAUCCAACCUCUAUUUAUAUUUAUGUGUCAAUCAGUGUUUUUAUUUACAAAAAACUGUACAGCUCUUACAAGAAAAGAGAUAUUUGGAUAAUUCAAAAAACAAAAAUUUUAGUGAUACCUCCGGGAUAAUAUGACAGGACUAUGAAACAAAAUUAAUCAGCUCUUCAAUUUUUCCACAGAAUUUUAGUUAGGAGAAAAUGCAAAGCUUUCAUUCACCCCCGUAUAAUGCCAUGUAAGCAAUUUUUUUGUUACUGGAAUAAUAACAAACGAUAUCAAUACAUGUAUUUACCUACAAAGUGAUGAAAGAAUUUUGAAAAUCGGAGUACAAAUAAUAAAGUUAUAAAUUGUCAAACUUAAUCAAAAAUUUUUAGUGGCGGAAUUUAGUGGCGGAAUUUUGUGCCGGUGAGUGUAUAUAACAUAAGUUUAUUUAGUUAUUUUACUCUGUAAAACCAUUAUGAGCCCAUUAUUAAAUGAAGGACUUGACCAAUUAAUUGCCAGACAUAUAUUAGAGUACCUAUCAUAAACUAAGUACCCCCUAAGGGCUGUUUUAUUUUGUACCAUGUAUUUUCGUUCUGAGAAUGUUCGAAUAUCUGAAAGUUAAUUAUGUUAGUUAGUAUGUACCUACUGCUUUCUUUUAUUUUACAUAUUGUUGUUCUUUGUGUCCAAAUAUCAUUGAUAAUAAAUGGUUCAUAAAAAAUGGUAAUAUUUUAUCUCAGUAAAUUUUUUAGUUAAUAAAAUGAUUGUACUUAUAUGUAUGGCUGGAACAAAUGUUAUGGUUAAAGUUAUUGUAUAAAAAUUAGGAUAGUUUUAUUGAAUAAAAUUUUUUAAAAUAAA